CUUAAAUUGUAUUUGUAAUUACAGCAAAUCACUUUUAAAAGUCAAAUUUUAAGGGUAAAAAGAAAAAAUCGUAGAAACAAUGCCUUUCGUCGAAAAUAAUACUAAACCUGCAAGCUACUGAGCAUACCUCUUUACCUGCACAAGAAGAAAAAACAUAGAAGAAAAAAAAACAACUAACCAAAAAAAAAAAAAAAAAAAAAAUGCAAAAAAAUGGCCUUAAUAUAACUUUUUCGAAACGCAUUUAUUUGGAAGAAAUAUCAAUUUUUUUCACACCCGCACAAAAAUAACCUGCUCGCUCUACCUUAAAUAACCUUAUACUUAUUAGAAAAAUAAAAAAACAUCCCUAAAUACAAACAAAUACACAAAGGAGUACCAGUCAACCAACCAAUCAACUACCUAUACACGCCUACGAAAACUAGGCGAAAAAACGGAACAUAAAUGGAUUUAUAUUGCUAUCAACCAACGCCACCUGCCUCACUCAUGGAUUAUCCCGUUGGACCGCAUCAACUGCAAAACGGUGGCAACACCAAUAUCGGCGUUGGCGGCAUGACCAAUAAUACAAAUCUAUAUUUCAAUAAUAUUUAUACGAAUGGCGGCAGCAACAACGGCAACAAUAAUAAUAAUAAUAAUAACAAUAAUAAUAGCAGUAAUCAUUAUAAUCAUCAUAGUAACAGUGAUAGCUCAUCGGUGACGACGACAACAACGACAGCGACGAAUUUUGGUGAUUGCAUUGGUUUGGAGCGAGCAUUCGAUUUCUACAGUGAUAGAGUGACAAAGCGCGCAUUUUAAAACCACAAGCGUACAUACAUACAUAUAUGAACACGUAAAAAGUUAACGCAAAACAGCUAAAUAAAUAAGAAGAAUUUAUGGGCCGAAUUUUUUUUUGAACACACACACACACACAAGCCAAGCCACACAUUGCUGAUAAAAAAAGCUCCAAAAGGAUUUAGUUUAAUUUUAAUAAUUUUUUAAUUUUUAUUA